AAUCGGCUACUGGAACGCGGGCGAAGCAAUGAGUUUACGAGGAGAGAAUGGGCCGACAUUAUGGAGGACGGCUAGUCGGGAGAACGUCAGACUCACAGCGUGAACAAGUCCUGAGGACGGCAGCUUCCGUCGACAAAAAAGGCAAGUCGGUGAAUCAGCUUUGUUGAAACCUUGUUCGCAUUGGACUUUCAUGAACGCGCUUUCCCGAAGGGAAGAGGACACACUCCUCAAAACUACAAAAGCGCGCGCUUUGGCGGAAUGUGAUCCAAUAGUCAAGGAAUUCGCCGACUGCGCGACCGGACGCACACUGUCUGUUGCAUGGGCUUGCAGGGACAAGUACAAGGCUCUGCAAGAGUGUAUGCUACAAUACACCAGCCAAGCAGCCAUGGAUGAUGUCCGAAAGGAAUAUCUUCGAUUAAGAGAUCAACAGAGUGUGUCUCAAGCACCUCUGACGAUGAUGGGGUAGCUUGAUAUCAAUCUUCGU